GUUGUUUUCGCGUUUGAAUGCAAUUGAAGAUCAGCACUCGAUUGGUGCUGCUGGCGUUGCUUGCGUUGUCACUCGCACUCGUCGCAGCCCAAGACGCUACGCUCAUUGCCAAGCCGAACGCAGCCACUGCGACGACUGAGCACAACGCGCACGACGCAGCACACGCGCGAGACAAGUACGCCGAUCCAGGCCACGAAACAGAAUCCGAAAUCGCCGACACCACUGCUGCUGGUGCUGCUGCUGCUGCUGCAGAUGCCCGCGGAGGUGAUACUCCACCACCACCAGCAUCCACAGACAGCGAUGGCGUGCGGGACCAUGGUCGCGGAGUCGUCCUUCGAGUGGCCAUUGUCGGCGGCGGGAUUGGCGGAUCGGUCACCGCCAAGUCGCUGAGAGAGUCACCCGCCUUUCGUUGAGACGCCACUACGCCCGAUAUCAGCAUCAUGAUGUUUGAACAAUCGCAUCGACUCUGUGGACGCCUUACAAGCUAUCUCGUCAAUGGCACCGUGGUUGAGUUUGGAGGUGCCAUCUUCCAUGAGACGAAUAGCAUCAUUGACACCAUCCGAUCUGAGUACGGUUUGCAACGCGUCAAGGCGUUUGACGACGACGGAUUUGGUGUGUGGAACGGCACCCAUUUCGCCGUCCGCGCCACAGAUCUGAGUCUAUGGACCAAACUUGAGCUUCUAUGGCGCUAUCGGUUUGCGCCAGUCUACGCGCAGUGGGAAUCACAAAGCUUUUUGCGCUCAUUCAAGAAACUGUACAAGACACCCUUCCAUUCCGUCGAAGAGCUGCUCGACAUUGCCAAGAUUGAUCCGCUUGCACGCGUCUCUAUGGCGGAUUGGCUCAAGACGCACAAGUACAACAAGCAGUUUGGCACGGAACUGGUUGAAGGCGCAACCCGAAUCAACUAUGGGCAAAAUUUGCACAUGUCUGCGCUUGGUGCCUGGGUAUCUCUCGUUGGCAGUGAGGACUCUGUGUAUGCCGUUGUGAAUGGCAACGAGCAGUUGUGCUACAAGAUUGCCGGCAUCGAUCACGCGCCCGUGCAAGCGUCAGCAGGGAUUCCGACGGGAACGCUACCGCCAGUCACCAGCGGCAAACUCCAGACUGUGCGCACCGCCACAGUUCGUGCCAUUUCCAGUCGCCCGAAUGGUCGUUAUUCCGUCACGUAUGAGCGCGGCGGCCACACUGUUCAGAGCACAUUCGACGCGGUCGUGAUUGCUACGCCUCUCGAAGCAACAAACAUCACGUUUGAAGCCAUUGACCUCCCACCCAGCACGAGUCAGAGACGCCCGUAUCAACGCACGUUUGUAACGAUCGUGCACGGAGAAGUCAACCCAGCGUACUUUGGUCUCGAAACGCCGAGGCAGCUUCCCGCCACUGUCAUUACGACAGAGCCACAGUCCAACGCACCUGUUGCUCCUGCCGAGCCAAACUCGAUUUCGGGAGUCACCACCAGCCAACUUCCCUUCACCAGCUUCUCGCUGCUUCAUCGCCGAGACAACGUGACAUCCGACGGCACUCGCUUUGAAGGUGUUUACAAGUUCUUUAGUCCCGUCGAGCUCUCUGCUGCGCAGAUCGCGCCCGUGUUCCGGGUUGUGCGCGACGUUUUCCGCAAAAACUUUGCAGCCUAUCCCAUCCUGUCCCCCACGCCCAGUGAAACCCCGUUCCCUUCCAUACGUGUGCAGAAAGGACUGUAUUAUCUGAAUGCGAUCGAGUCCGCGGCGUCUGCAAUGGAGAUGGAAGCAUUGUCCGCUCGCAGCAUUGCCAAAAUGAUUGAGGAGGAUUUUCUGAAAUGAGGUUGAUUCGAGCAGAGCGCCGGGGUUUUGAGUGUUUUUGGGAGCGACAAUACUCGCAAACACAAAUCGACGUCAAACCCGAGAAUAAAAGACAUUUUGUGAGA